AUGUUAGAGUACAAGCCUGUGAGUCCACUAAAUAAUCCUGUUCAUUUUGAGAAUCCAGAAUUCCAGACAAGAUGGUACUUCAAAUAUUUUCUUGGUAAAUUGCAGCAGAACUAUGUCGGUGUAGAUCUAGACAAAGACGUGUUCCUGUUGUCCGUGGUUGUAACAGAUGCCAACAAUCACAACGUACCUCAGAACGGAGCCUCCUUAUUUCAAAAAUUUGGUGUUAAAAAGAUAUCUUUAUCGUACAAUCCAAGCAAACCUCAAACAGUGAAAGGCACCUUAAAUCAGCUUGAUAUGGACAGAAUAAAAAAAGGGCUUAAAGAAAUAUUCAACCAAGAAAUACUGAAUGAAAUUUUGGUGCUUUUGGGACAAGAGCGCGGUGAUGGUUGGGAUAAUAUCAAAAUUAUCAUUGUCAGCAAAAAAAAUUUCAGAACAUUAAGGAUUUAUAUUUCAUGUGUUUAUUUAUUAAUAGAACAUGGAAGUGAUGAAUUCAGCAAAUUUCUACUGUUACUUGGGGAUAGAGUGCGAUUGAAGGGAUGGGACAAAUUUAAGGCAGGUUUAGACGUCAAUGUAACGAAUACCACUGGUGAAGAGACCAUAUACACUGUUUAUGAAGGUCACGAAAUAAUGUUCCAUGUUUCUACAAUGCUGCCAUUCUCCUCAGAGAACAAACAGCGGGUUGAAAGAAAGCGUCAAAUAGGGAACGAUAUCGUCAACAUCAACUUCUGGGAUGGUGAUCCAAACAGCGCGCCAUCUUUCAAACCAAGUAUGAUGAAAACCAGAUUUACGCAUAUAUUUGCCUUGAUUAGGUACAAUCUUGAGACGUUCCGAUACCGGUAAUUUGAAUCUUUUUUUCACGAAUCAGUGCCAUUAUUCGGUCCACCUUUGCCUUCUCCACCAGAGCUCUGACGCAAUAGAAUUAGGGAUUUUCUACUUGUCAAAUUAAUAAACGGCAAAAAUGCAGCUGUAAACAACCCGGUAUUUACACAGAAAAGAGAAAGAACCCUAGAAAUGCUCAUCAAAAAUUUCUACUUAGAUUAUAUGCCAGAGAAGUCGAAAAAUAACAUGUUGAACAGACGAGCUUUUAAUGAUGUGAUAGAAGAUGCCAACACAAGCAAGAGGAAAGACGAUGCCAGAAGAGCAGAAUUUGUCAGAAUAGGACAGACUUUAAAGCUCAAGACGAUAUUAAAAGGAAAUGCACCAACAAGUUUGGUGACCACAGUCCAGAAUGUUAAAAACACAGGUAAAGAUGGUUGUCAUCUAUACGCUCUAAGCCGUCCCGGCUCAAGUCAUCUACGAAUGGUUGUGCUAGUUGGGCGUCGUCUGAUUGUGUUCACAUGGAAACAGUCAGCAGAAUAG